AUGUCGGCUACCCCCUCAACGCCUGGUGAACCGGGUAUACUCCAACACCCAGCCCCCACCCAGCAAUUAAACCGAUCCUGUGAAUCAUGUCGAGGUCUGAAGGUCCGCUGCCUUCCUGACCCCAAAUCUCCCAAUCAGUGCCAGCGAUGUGCCAAGGCCAAGAGAACGUGCGUAUUUGUGGCUCCCCAACGAAGACGACCACGCAAGCGAACCGAUUCGCGGGUGGCUCAGUUGGAGAGGGAGAUGCGACAGAUGCGCUCCCUUCUCAAGGACCGCUUCCGCAUCGAUGAAGAAAGUAGCUCAGGAAGCUGUGGCAGCGAAGUCGAGGAUUCAGAGGAACCUGACUUCGGGGCUGAUCCCCAAGAAACCUUAUCCAUUGUGCCGGAUGCCCCGAGCAGUGCGUCGGGAUCCUUCAGAAACAUGGACCUCUCGCCUGGCGUGCCACCCUCUUCGUCGUACCCAAACACUCUUAAUAGUGGUUCUGAUGCCUUCGCCUCUGCCACGCCCAUCCCACCCUACUAUGGUCUCGAAGAAUCCUCGGGCAGCGACAUUAUCGAUCGGGGGUUAAUCUCGCUGGAAUUUGCCAACGAGUUGGUGUCCUUUUAUAUCACCGAGCUCACCGCUUUUGCCCCCAUGGUUCUGCUCCCUCCAAAUACCACAGCCUCACAACUGCGUCGGUCGAAGCCUAUGCUUUUUCUCUCUGUGAUUGCCGCCGCGGCGAUUGCUGUAGAUGAUAGUCUGGCUGUCGUCCUCAACCGCGAAUUGGUCCGACUCUACGCCGAACGGUUUUUCAUCAAUGGUGAUAAGUCCUUCGAGUUGGUUCAGGCAUUGCUCCUGAUGAUCGUCUUUUACUACCCACCGGAAUCUCCGUUGAAACUGCAGAAUUAUCAGUAUACUCACAUCGCCGCCACCAUGGCCCUGGAGAUCGGGUUGGCCUCAAAAUGUAAGGUACCGAAUAGUGCAAGUCGCAAAGCGAGCAAACGUGGUGCGUACGAUGAACACAUGGCAGAACAGGCCAGAGCAAUUCUGGGGUGUUAUCAUUUGGCCUCCAACGUUGCCAUGAAAACGCGCCGGCCCAACUUGCUCCUCUUCAACGACUGGAUGCACGAAUGUGUAAAACAUCUCGAGCGUUCCCCUAAUAUGAUAGAUCGACACAUGGCGGCCUGGUUCGAAUUGCAGAAGAUCGUUGACCAAGCUAUGGCUUCCUUCGGUCUUGACGAUACCAGCUCAACGACCCCGCUGACAGAAUCACGGGUCCAGGUUAUAUUGAGGUGGUUCGACAAUCAAAUGCAGAAUUGGAAAAAGAACGUUUCGGCGGACAUGCUCACCGUGACCAUGACCUUCGAAUACCAUUUUACCAACCUCGCUAUUUACGAGCUCGGUGUCGGUGAAGGCUAUCGAGACCCGGAUGCGAUUAAACAACAGUAUUAUGUACUCCCAGCACCAGAGGAUGGCCACCAGCCGUCAAAGGCCCCUCUGAGCGCUAUUCGCGUAGACAUCACAAUCAAAUGGAUGAAUGCAGCUCAAGAGAUGCUUGACUUCUUCCUAAGUUGUGACACGGACUUGAUGCGCAAACUCCCCAAUCUGAUUUACACACGAGUCGGUGUAGCAGUCAUGUCACUCCUGAAGGUUUACUUCUCGGUCAAGUCAGGAGCCCUGGGCGAAUUCGUGAGCCCUCAGUCCGUCAAUAUUGAGAUGUACUUAGAGGCCAUGACGAGAAGGCUAACGGAGGCGAGCGGAAAUAUGAAGUAUAAGGUCCCAAGCCGGUGGUUGUAUAUUGUCGGGGUGAAGGCUCGAAAUUGGUACGACCGGUUUCAGCAGCGACAGAUGCAGACCGACGUCGGCCUUGCUCCACCGCCGAGUGCGAGUCCACGGCGCUCUACGAGCCCGGCACCCAUGCAACCUACGCAGUUCAGCUCGGCCGACUCAUCGCAGCCAGUAGGAACGCUUGCAAUGAAUGCCGAAGUGCCACAGAUCGCAGUUAUGCGCCCUAUGGAUGGGGCCUAUGGAGCAUCAGCGGCCACGAAUACGAUCUGGCAGGCGGAUCAAGCUAAUCAGCAAGUUUUUCUCAUGAAUCAAUAUGCCGGCUACCGCUCGCCGGUGGUACCAACUCAGUAUCCAUAUGGAGAAUUUUCGCAGCCAGGUGUUGCGCUGGACCCCACGCAGCCAAGCCAGCCUCCCGUUCCUCCUCGAACAGGGAUGGAGCUUGACGGCUGGCUUCCCGAUGGCAGUAUCUGCGGGAUGCCUCCGUUGCCGGGGAUGUAG